CGCUCCUUUAUAUAUUGUUUCCGUGUUUUUCUCUCUUUGUGAUUUUGUGAGGCCCAAACUAACUUUAUAAGCAUUUACGUGUUUGAAAUUAAUAUUUUGUGAGCUAGCUAGCUUCUUCAUCAUGGCAAAGUCUUCUACUGAAAAGAAUGGACUGAAGAAGGGUCCAUGGACUCCAGAGGAAGAUCAGAAACUCAUCGAUUACAUUCAGAAACAUGGACAUGGGAAGUGGAGAACCCUUCCCAAAAAUGCAGGACUAAAAAGAUGUGGAAAGAGUUGUCGGCUUCGCUGGGCUAACUACUUGAGGCCCGAUAUAAAGAGAGGGAGAUUCUCAUUCGAAGAAGAAGAAGCCAUCAUUCAGUUACACAGUGUUUUGGGAAACAAGUGGUCUACAAUUGCUGCUAACUUGCCAGGAAGAACAGAUAAUGAGAUCAAGAAUUAUUGGAACACUCACAUCAAGAAAAAGCUAUUGAAGAUGGGGAUUGAUCCAGUGACUCACACACCUCGCCUUGAUGUUAUUCAACUUGCCUCCAUUCUCAACACAUCUUUAUACAAUUCAGCACCCCAAUUCAACUACCCUUCUCUUUCUGGAAUUGGAAGAUCAGUGAUAAACCCAAGCCAUAUGCUAGGUUUGCUCACUACCCUGCUAUCAUGUCAAAACAGAAAUUACAACCCUGAUGUAUUGAAUAAUAACCAACUUAGUGGUGGUAGCACUCUACUGCAAAAUCAACACCAAUGUUCCCGAAUGCAACUUGAUUCUACACAAGCCUUCCAACCAAACCAACCACAAGUCUCACUACAAGAAAACCACAUUGCUAAGUCUAAUUCUAAUCCAUUGAAUAUGGAACCCCAAGUUAUGAAAACUACAUUAGAGAAUCAAAUCACUCCAAUUGCUACCCCUUUUAGCCAACAAAACACACUACCAAAUUUGUGGCACUAUAAUACUGAAGGUCACAUAUCUGAUCUACCAACAAUGGCUCAAUCAUCAUCAGCUAUGCAAUGUUUCUCUUCUCCCAAGUUCAAUUCUAUAUACAACAAUCUCUUGGAAAAUCAGAAUUUGUGUAACAACAACGAGGGGAUGCCAAAUUUCAAUCUAAGUUCACUGUUAUCGUCCACACCCUCAUCUUCUAGCCCAAUUAGUACUUUGAAUUCGUCAUCUUCCACAACAUUUGUCAACGGAACCACUGAAGAUGAAAGGGACACUUACGGCAGCAGCAUGUUGAUGUAUAACAUUUCAAAUGGCUUGAAUGACUCUGGACUUUUGUGAUUGUACAAGUUGUGCUGCUACGUGAUUUAGUUUUUCUUUUUUCUUUUUUUGAGAUCAGUGACAUUUAAUGUCAUUAAAACAUAAAUAAUAUUAUAUAAUUAUUAUAAGAUUUUAA